AUUGAUGUUCAGCUAGUGGCCGGAUGACGACCAAAAAUGCUUCACGUUGUUGAUGCCUAGAUGACAUGACCACUGGGAUGUCCGUGGCCACAUCAAACACUUAGGGGACUCCAUGAUGCUUGUGGUUGUAAUGAGGUCCAGAACCUCCAUCAUCGAAACGGUUCCAGGGUAAGCUUUCAUCCCAGCGAUCGCGAAGCAACACUCGAAACGCUGCGUGCUCCUAGCGUGCGUGUACAGGGACCUGACGACCACUUGAACACGAGGCGGAGGCUGCGCUGAUCCACAACGUGGCAGACAUAUAAGACGAGCACUGGACUACCACUUCACGAUCAUCAGCACCAACAAUCUCAUCAAUUCCAAGCAUCAACCACACCCUUCAUUCGUCGUUUCCCACGACCACCAGGCACUCAACAUGCAGUACCUCACCAACACCCUCCUCCUCGCCUCCCUGGCCAUCAGCAACGUCGCGGCAGCGCCAGUUGCGGACAACAGUGCCAUCCAGGCUCGCCAGGAUGUCAGCGACAGCUUCCAAUCUGGCCCUCCCAACACCGGCGGCAAUGGACUCAACGUCGCUGAAGCCGACUUCACCCACACCCAACCCAACCACAACCGCAAGGAGCGACGCCCGCAGAACGGUGCCGAGGACGACGCUCAUCACUUGGAAGAGCGUUCCAAAUUGCCCUUUGAACCCGAUUUUGGACACGACAAACGCGAGGCCUACAUCUAUACGCAGAAGAAGAAGGAGCGUCGCCAGGUUCCUGAUAUCGAGGCCCGCGAGGCUUAUAUCUAUACCCAGAAGAAGGAGCGUCGCGACAACUCCAAUCUUCAGGCUCGCAACGCAUACAUUUACACUCAGAAGGAACGUCGCGACCCAGCUGCUUACAUCUAUACCCAGAAGGAACGCCGAGCCCCAGCUGAUGUUGAAGCCCGCAAUGCUUACAUCUACACCCAGAAGGAACGCCGAGACCCAGCUGAUAUCGAGGCUCGUAAUGCGUACAUCUACACCCAGAAGGAACGCCGCGCUCCAGUUGAAGCUCGCAAUGCCGAAGUCGACUACGAUGGUAGCCAUGUGACCCCGGGUCACCGCGACGAGGAGAUGAUGGACGUUGGCUCUGCUUGA